AUGAUGCUGGGUCGGCAGGAGUUGUGUGGUUGGAGGAGGACAAUGCCGCACGACAGCCAUGGCAACUAUGUGGAGAAUGCCUUGAUCAAGAACGCGUUAGAGAAUAUGAACAGGGUUGCCAAGAAUCAGCAAAAGCUUGUGACCAAGGAGCUUGAAAUGAUCGCAUCGGUCUUGGCAGACUUGAAGAAAGGAAAGCCAAGCAAAGACGUUGCAGGCACAGAGCUCUCAAGGCUGGUUGGACGGAUACAGGUCUUGAAACGGAAGCUGGAGGACGUGGACAAGGAGGAAGAUACAAAAUUGGAACAUAUGGAAGCGAGGCUUCACCUGCUGAGAGAAAAUCAAGAACAUGUCGACGAUACUCGAUGCGCUAUAAAGGAGAACAAGCGGUUGGACAGAUUUCUUGCAGAUCACCUCGCAAGGUUUGGGAUGCUGGAGACUGCGUCUAUGAUUAUCAAGGAGGAGAACCUCGAGAGAUUUGUCGAUCUAGACAUGUACAAGGAGGCAGCCCCUAUUCUUGCUGCUCUCCUGGAAGGGGACUGCAGUCCAGGUGAGCUCACAGAUGAUGACUGUGAAAGGCUGCUGUCUCCCAUCAUCUCACACGAUCUUAGCCAUAAAAUGUCAAACCUUGAGUUUCAACUUCGAUUACAAGCUUUUGUGGAGCUGGUGCGUAAAGAAGCCGUACAGGAGGCGGUGCAGUAUGCUAGGAAGCACCUCGGGCCUUCUUGCAAGGAAAACUUUGUGACCAUUAAGAAGUACAUGGCAAUCCUGGCGUUCCAGAGAGACACAGAUGUGAUGAGUUGCUGGGAUUUGAGUUCCCUGCUGAUGAUUACUCUCCAAGCAGGUCUGACUUGUCUCAAGACAACUCGUUGUGUCGAAGACCCCGAGCCAAACAGCGGAUGCCCCGUCUGUCAUCCCGUCCUUGCUCAGAUUGCUCAGGAUCUCCCUAUUGCGCAUCACAUGCACUCAACUCUCGUCUGCAGCAUAAGCGGGGCGAUCAUGAAUGAGCACAACCCUCCUAUGGCGCUUCCCAAUGGCAACGUGUACAGCACCCAGGCGCUUAUGGACAUGGCGGCAUCCAACAUGGGUCAAGUCACAUGCCCCAAGUCUGGCGAUACUUAUGACUUCUCUGAUCUCCGCAAGGUAUACAUCUCGUGA